UUUGAUGCUAUCAUGGAACGGAAAUUUGCAGUUAGAGUUAAGUGGCAAAUUGGAUGGGGUGGGAUGGGAUCUGUUGUCAUGUGUAAGGAUAGUCCAGAUUUGAUUGCCAAAAUUGAGGAACAACUUCCUAUUGCAGAGAGUACAUUCAAAGACAUUGAAACCAUCAAUAUAAUUGAGGAAGAACUUUGUGCAAUAUCUCAAUCACCUACGAUUCAGGCUUUUACAAAAGACGAUAUUGAAAAAUUUGCUCACCUAGAUGAUGGAAUUCUAUCAACACUUCAUCAGAGAAUGAUAUCUCUCCUUCUUCUCAAAAGACUCCAGCCAAAAGGACUGCUGCAAAGGAACAACCAGUUGAAUCUCUCAAUCUUGAUUGUCAGGCUUCAUCAACAAGAUCUGGCAAACUGAUUAAAAAAGAGAAAAUUUAAUCAAAUACUAUUUCGCCACACUACUUUUUGAAGUUGUAAUGUAUGACAAUUUGUGUGUAUGUUUAAAUUCACAGGCAUAUUAGCAUGUACAAAUUGCUUGAUACUUUUUUUGUUGCCUAUCACCUUCUUGACACCAAUUUUGUGGGAAAUCAAGUAUUAAUUUGUCUU